AUGCCACAUGCACCGCCACACUUGUCUGCAGGGCCCACUCUCAUGGCAAGGCUGCUCUUGUUACACCAACAUCUAUCGUCUCAGCUGUUGAAGCUCAAGAAGCAAAUACAGUACCUUGUUGCGCGCAAUUACCCAUUCUGAUAAAUCCGAACCCUUUCCGAUUCGUCUUCGAAACCCGCGAUAAGUGAAGGUCACAAGACAAUGCGACCAGGCGUCAGAAACACUGUAGAGCGGCUCGACAGGCCGAGCGCCUACUAUCAGAACCGCAACAAGAGGAGACGCGAUCGCGAUGACGACCAUGACCAACCUUCAGAGCCCCAGGCUGACCCUCUAGCCAAUGCCACAACCCUCUAUGUCGGCAACCUAUCCUUCUACACAACCGAAGAGCAGGUCUAUGAACUUUUCGCAAAGUGCGGCGAGAUCAAGCGCCUCGUCAUGGGUCUCGACCGCUUCAACAAAACGCCUUGCGGUUUCUGCUUUGUUGAGUACUACACACACCAGGACGCCCUCGACUGCCUAAAAUACAUUGGCGGCACCAAGCUCGACGAGCGCAUCAUCCGUACCGACCUGGAUCCUGGCUUUGAAGAGGGACGUCAAUUUGGCCGUGGUAAAUCUGGUGGUCAAGUUCGCGACGAGUACCGUGAGGACUUCGAUGAGGGCAGAGGAGGUGUUGGCAGAGCGAUACAAGCCGAAGAGCGAGACGAAUACGCCGAGGGGAAGUAAUUGGACAGUAGGGAAGCGGCGGUUGUCCGUAACGGCCGAUUAGGACUCGAUACCCUUAGAUUUUCAAAACACAGAGCCUUCGAUAUUUGGGG